GGAUCAGUGGCUUUCUACUAGCCUUAACAGCCAGUCCAUUAUUAAAGGGAAUGGGAGCGACUUCUCCAUUGCUAUCGUGGUUACCUGUUGUUGUUGCGGCAUACUGUUUGUUAUGGCAUAGGUCUCAGCUUCAGGCGGCAUAAGGUGUUUUCCUUGAGCUGUUCCAUAGUCCUAAUAUUGCUACAUAUGUAUCAUGUUGGCUGGUUACCAUGGAGACUAGACUAUUUUGUUCCUGUGGUAGGCAUACAUAUCAGUGUUGUACAUAUUUUGAUUCUGGUCAAUGCCGCAGUGUGUUUGCUGUCAGCGUACGUGGCCACACACGGAUCCCCCCAGCUUUUGGGCACACUAUGCACUGUACAGACAGUUGUAUUUAUCAGCACAGAGAUAUUGCUGAGGCUGCUAGAGCUUUACACCUCUACCCUGAUCAUCUAUACUGGUGCGGUGGCCAUCUACAUUUCUGUUAGAUUAUACCAAGUGAACAAGUUACCAUGGACACCAGCUUGGUUUUCUUCGUCCUGUCACAUGACUAAAAUUGCAACAAGCUUCCUGUGUUUUGUAAGCAGAGAUUUCAAUGAGUCCUGCGCCCAGAGCUCUGUCUGUCUGUUUCCAUUUAUAGCCUUCCUUGUAUAUGUCCUCAUGUUUGAUGGCCAGGUGGUGAUUUCAGAGAAAGAGGCUUACACCUAUAUUGGGCUUGUAUAUAUCUUGUGUGGAGUGAAUGUGUACUCUACAGGCAAGGUGAUAUGGCUCACAGCUCUGGGCGGUGAACCGUGUCUUAGUGAUCUCACAGGUUUGUGGGUGUCAGUUUCUGGUUUAGUGAUAUUUAUUUUGUCACGAAUCCAUUUUCCUGCACUUCCCAUCCUUCAGCACUUUGGACCAUUCAGUGUUUUGCUGGGAGCAGUCAUUAUUUUUCUGCAACCUGGCACAACUGAUACAUGGGUGAUGACCGAAUAUUGGGGAUCAGUUCUUACAGUCCCAUUUCUGUAUGCCAUAGUAUCUAGUGGAUCUUACAAUAGUAUCAAUCACAUCAUUGGGAUAGGAUUUGCCUUGUCAUUUUUCCCGUCUUCACUACUUGUGUCUGUUAUGUAUGUAGAGUCGUCCAUUUUCCUUCACCUAUUGUGGUUGGCCAUCUUCACUGUGAUCAUCUCUUUGUACUUCCUUAUCCUGAAGAGUGACUUUUUAGUCAUACAUAGAGAAAUGUACACACUUAAUAUGUUGUAUGGAGGUUUAUCCUCAUUGGGCGUGGCCUUUACCCACUCUGUGACCCUCUUUAUCAUUGAUCGUUCUUCCUCGGCUUCAGUCAGCAGGAAUCUCACAGCUAUAGGAUUGCUAGCUCUCAGUCUGGCAGCUAAAAUAUAUGCUGUGCAAAACCAGGAUAUACCGCAGCGUCUUAUCAAUGAACACAAGUUGAGAACAAAACUUCCCUUAGUUAGUAACGCCACAGUUGUAAUCACCUUUCUGCUGCUUAGUGCUUCCUGCCCCUUUGAGGGUUCACCCAGAGAUUUGUGGUUUGUGAUGUCCUCAGCCAGUCUGCUGUGUUUGCAAUGGGACAAAUGGUGGCUGACCAAAUUCUGUCCUCAAAAUCAGAUCACCCCAAUGCUGGUUGUGUCAAUUUCCAUUCUUCUCGGAUCUGCCAUUUACAAUAGUGCAUUCUGGCAAUUGAAAGUAUCUCUUGCGUCACAAGGGGAUUAUUUGAAAUCAUAACAAUUCUUGUGACUUUUCCUGGAUACCUGUUGU